UUCGACUUUCGAGCAUCCCUAAUCCCUAUCGCUGACUUGCUGCUACAGCUGACCGCUUUCUUAAUUUUAAUUAAUUGUUUGUGAAUUUGUAAUCGAUUUAAAUAUUGGUGAUUAUUGCAACUUUUCCAAUCUACAAGGAGACAAAAGAUUUCAAUAAUGAGCGCUGCAGGGGACAGCCCUGCCUCACAGCCAAUGAAUCCCAAAAUAAAACAUGACUGGUACCAAACAGAUGCCCUGGUGGUUGUGACUAUAUUGCUCAAGAAUGCCCCUAGUGACAAAGUGAAGGUCCAGUAUGGAGAACGUAAUCUCUCAGUAUCAAGUUUGAUACCAACCUCCGAGUCGGAAUACAGUCUAGAAUUAGAGUUGGCACAUGAAAUAGUCCCAGAAAUGUGCACAUAUGUAGUAACUCCGUCAAAAAUAGAGGUCAAGUUACGAAAGAAGGAAGGACUGAUGUGGACUGUGUUAGAGGGUGAAGGCAAAGAAGAGAAAGUUAAAGCUAUACCACAGGCUGUCAUAGAUGCAUCUGGGCCACAACAACCUCCAAAGCUUUUCAGAAAAGAUUGGGACAAGAUUGAAAGAGACAUUCAGAAAAUGGAAGCAGAAGAGAAGCCCGAGGGUGACGCCGCAGUGAACCAGCUGUUUCAGAAAAUCUAUGGUGAAGGAUCAGACGAAGUUCGCCGCGCUAUGAACAAAAGUUUCUUAGAGUCAGGAGGCACAGUUCUAAGCACAAACUGGGACCAGGUUGCCCCAAAGAAGGUGGAAGUCAAGCCUCCAGAUGGCCUCGAGUUUCGGAAGUGGGAUAGUUAAGCUGCUUGCACACUGGCGAAUGUCUUUUGAGCGAUUUAGGAAGCGCGUUUGUGUGUAAUGCCCCACUCUUCACGUUGGCCAUGUUGACCAGUAUGUUGGCCAAUAUGAUGGCUAUCAUGUAUAGUCUGGCAAGUUCGUUGAUCACUCCCAUGAUAUGCGGGUGACGGGGGAAAGACUGCGCGGGUGUGAAAUCGUGGGUGCGGGGAAGUGAGGUGCAUCAGUCAUGGAUUUUUCACUCAUCGCUACACGCCUCCCGGCCCGCGCGGACUAUCGGGGGUGUUACGAACGAAGUUGCCAAGCUAUAGUGUAGGUGUUUCGAAACACAAUAUUCGCCACAGUAUUGGCCAACGUGAAAAAUGUAUUAGCUAAUUUAUUGGCCGACAUGAAAAACGUAUUGGCUAAUUUAUUGGCCAACAUCAUCGAUAUAAAUCGUUAGAUGGGCCCCUCCAUACUAAAGAACGCACAAUUUUAUGUGAUUACCCAAAGACGUGCACGCACAUCUUAUCUUAGUACGGAACAAGUGCAUGCUGUGAGUGGACAUAGACUUGAAAAAAUAUUUACUGUUUUUUUUUUAUUUUAAUCCCUUAAUUAUGCCUUCGUGGUCAUUUUGGAAGUGUAAAAACAAGCCACAACAUGAAUAGAAAGAAAUGUGUUACGAGUGAUGGCGUACUCAAUGUGCGAAACCAAUGAUAAUACCGCGACUCUUUGAGGUCCAUCUAACGAUCUACGAUCAAUGUCCAACAUGAAAAAUGUAUUGGCUAGUUUAUUACCCAACAUUAAAAGGGGGCAUUGACUGAAAUCUAAAGUAUUGGCUAACUUGUUGGG